AUGACGGCGUCUCCGGAUUACUUGGUGGUGCUCUUUGGGAUCACUGCUGGGGCCACCGGAGCCAAGCUGGGUUCGGAUGAGAAGGAGCUGAUCCUGCUGUUAUGGAAAGUCGUGGAUUUGGCCAACAAGAAGGUGGGACAGUUGCACGAAGUGCUAGUUAGACCGGAUAACUUGGAACUGACGGAGGAUUGUAAAGAAGAAACUAAAAUAGUGGCCGAAAACCUGUCUUCCGCGCCGCAGCUGGACCAAGCCCUCCGACAGUUUAACCAGUCAGUGAGCAAUGAACUGAAUAUUGGGGUAGGGACUUCCUUCUGUUUGUGUACGGAUGGGCAGCUUCAUGUCAGACAGAUCUUGCAUCCCGAGGCUUCCAAGAAGAAUGUAUUACUUCCUGAAUGCUUCUAUUCCUUUUUUGAUCUUCGAAAAGAAUUCAAGAAAUGUUGCCCUGGCUCACCUGAUAUCGACAAGCUGGACGUGGCAGCAAUGGUGGAGAGUCUCAACUUUGAGAAGAAUGACUCUGUCUCCCGAUACGGAGCCUCUCAGGUGGAAGACAUGGGGAACAUAAUUUUAGCAAUGAUCUCAGAGCCUUACAAUCACAGAUUUUCAGAUCCAGAGAGAGUAAACUACAAAUUUGAAAGUGGCACUUGCAGCAAGAUGGAACUCAUUGACGACAACACAGUGGUGAGGGCUCGAGGUUUGCCCUGGCAGUCUUCGGAUCAAGACAUCGCGCGGUUCUUCAAAGGACUCAAUAUCGCCAAGGGAGGCGCAGCACUUUGUCUGAAUGCUCAGGGGCGGAGGAAUGGAGAGGCACUGGUCAGGUUUGUAAGUGAGGAGCACAGAGACCUAGCGCUGCAGAGGCACAAGCAUCACAUGGGCACCCGGUACAUCGAGGUUUACAAAGCAACAGGGGAGGAUUUUCUUAAAAUUGCUGGAGGGACGUCCAAUGAGGUAGCCCAGUUCCUCUCCAAGGAAAAUCAAGUCAUUGUCCGCAUGCGGGGACUGCCUUUCACAGCUACAGCGGAAGAGGUGGUAGCCUUCUUCGGACAGCAUUGCCCCAUCACUGGAGGAAAGGAAGGCAUCCUCUUCGUCACCUAUCCAGAUGGCAGACCGACAGGAGAUGCUUUUGUGCUCUUUGCUUGUGAGGAAUAUGCUCAGAACGCCCUGCGGAAGCAUAAGGACUUGCUGGGUAAAAGAUACAUCGAGCUCUUCAGGAGCACGGCGGCAGAAGUUCAGCAGGUGCUGAACCGAUUCUCCUCAACGCCUCUGAUUCCACUUCCAACCCCUCCCAUUAUCCCAGUACUACCUCAGCAAUUUGUGCCCCCCACAAAUGUAAGAGACUGUAUACGUCUGCGAGGUCUUCCCUAUGCUGCCACAGUAGAGGACAUUCUGGACUUCCUGGGGGAGUUUUCCACAGAUAUUCGUACGCAUGGGGUUCACAUGGUAUUGAAUCACCAGGGACGCCCGUCAGGAGAUGCCUUUAUCCAGAUGAAGUCUGCAGACAGAGCGUUCAUGGCUGCACAGAAGUAUCAUAAAAAAACCAUGAAGGACAGAUACGUUGAAGUCUUUCAGUGUUCAGCUGAGGAGAUGAACUUUGUGUUAAUGGGGGGCACUUUAAAUCGAAAUGGCUUAUCCCCACCGCCAUGUAAGUUACCAUGCCUGUCUCCUCCCUCCUACACAUUCCCAGCUCCCACAGCAGUGAUUCCUACUGAAGCUGCCAUUUAUCAGCCGUCUCUGCUCUUCAGUCCACGGGCGCUGCAGCCCUCCACCGCAUACUACCCAGCAGGCACUCAGCUCUUCAUGAACUACACAGCGUACUAUCCCAGCCCCCCAGGUUCGCCUAAUAGUCUUGGCUACUUCCCUACAGCUGCUAAUCUUAGCAGUGUCCCGCCCCAGCCUGGCACGGUGGUCAGAAUGCAGGGCCUGGCCUACAAUACUGGAGUUAAGGAAAUUCUUAACUUCUUCCAAGGUUACCAGUAUGCAACCGAGGAUGGACUUGUACACACAAAUGACCAGGCCAGGACUCUACCCAAAGAAUGGGUUUGUAUUUAA